CAUGGGCAACGCGCAAAACAAACGCGUCUCAUGAAGACGCAAUACACAACAACAAGCUUGUCCGCAUCGAUGUCUUUCCAAGCCGCAACAACCACUGCUUUCACAACUCGACACCAAUCUUAGUAGCUAUGGAGCAAAUUCGCCGACGAAAUCUCGAGGUGGCGCAAUUUAAACAACUAUGCGCCCUCAAAAAGUACAUUCAUCGACACAGCCCUCCCACAAUCGACGACAGCGAACUUGAGGCACUCGGGGUGCUGAAACGGACGGACCUUGAUGUCGACAACUCGUCACCAUGCGACUUUGAGCCUCGGUUCUUCUCGCCUUGGUACGACGGUGACAGCGACCUGAAGGAAGAGGGUGAUGGAGCGCGAGUGUACUGGAGUGAGACGCUUGACAGGGACAAGGACCACCCCGAGUGGAUUCCAAACGCGGGCUACAAGUACCCGGAGAUGAGAGCGCGUUGGUUCAACAGGGUGUGCUUUCGCUUGGCAAGGGACCACGAAGACGACAAGACACAUCCAAUCUGCACUUAUACCGCAUUCGCCCAGGAAGAUCUGGACUUCUCCGUCCCAUACCGCCACGACUACCGGUCUCACUACGUCACCGAGGCCGUCAUGCUCCCCACAGCCGCAGACACACCUCACACAGGCAUUACGAUGUUCGACCCUGUCGUAGCCCCAGAAGGAACGAUGCUCCGGAGCGAGCUUGACGCCGCGGUGACGCUGCUGCGAGAGCAAGUCCGCUCCGGCCGCUUCACCGACCACCACACGAAACCGGUGCUGGUCCUCUCCUAUCAGUGGGAGACGCACGGGCGCAUCACGCAGGCCCAUAUCGACGCGAAGCUCAACAAGCUGGUGAUCCGGCAGUCGAGACUGCUCAAUUUCAAAGCCAAGGAGCCGACCCCGGACGCGUACAUCUUCCUCCGGUGGCUGAUCAACCGUCCCGUCGGGGCGACGAAGUACGUGUCGGUCCAGGACGACGACCCGCCCCAGGGUCGUGAUCGCUUGGAGGCCGGCCCGCCGCUGGUCGAGGUGGAAUCUCGUUAGCUGUGCCCCGGGUUGUUUGACAGUUGUCAUGUUAUGAUGCGGAGCGGGUUUGCGUUGGGUCAAUGCAGGAACAACUGGUGUUCUCGGCGUCUUUGCUUGGGG